GUACAGGAAGAAUAUCCAACUCGUCACCAUGAGCGCCGCAGCAGCAUCUCCAUCGAAGAAAGUAAAGAAGGCAAGCAAGCCAAAGGCUCCAGCAGCUCAUCCUAAAUAUGAAGUUAUGAUAGCUGCAGCUAUCGCAGCACUGAAGGAGAAAGGUGGUUCAUCUAAAAUCGCCAUCAAAAAGUACAUUCUUGGCAACUACAAGGUCGCCGAUGACAACAAAUCCAGCGCCCUCAUCAAAGCUGCUCUAAAGAGAAGCGUUGCUAAGGGUGCACUGAAGCAAGUCAAAGGCACCGGAGCUUCUGGCUCAUUCAAACUUGGAGAAAAGCCCAAGGCAGCCAAGAAACCAGCAGCCAAGAAAGUAAAGAAACCAAAGGCUGCAGCAGCUAAACCAAAGAAAGCCUCCGGCGAAAAGAAAGCAAAGAGUCCAAAGAAAGCCAAGAAGCCCGCAGCUAAGAAACCUGCAUCCAAGCCAAAGGCCAAGACCCCCAAAAAGGCAGCCAAGAAGCCAGCAGCUAAGAAACCAGCAGCAAAAAAGCCCGCAGCUAAGAAAGCAGCCAAGAAGCCCGCCAAGAAGUAAACACUUUUCAGUGUUUGGUCGUAACUGACCCCCAACCCUAAAAGUCCUUUUCAGGACUACCCACUUUUCUCAAAAAGUGUCUAAUGACAUCUCGAAUUACGCUAUGCACUUUAUUUCAGCAAAGCAUGCCCUGGGUGAAUUAUAAUGUAAGUAUUUUUUAUCUGAAUACAAUGAAUGCAC